ACUCCGACUCAUAUCGGUCCAACGGUCAACUUACUCAACCUCCUACAAAAUGAGGUAAAACGAUCCAGAUUUCUAGGAAAGAUUAUAGAAAACUUUAACAAAGACCUAAAGAAUGACAAACGAAUCUCAGUCCAAUGACGAAGACUUCUCAGCAGUCGAUUAUGAAAAGAAUCAUGUUCAUGAAGUUUAUCAAUCAAUAGCUCAUCAUUUCUCACAGACUAGAUAUAAACCAUGGCCGAUAGUGAACGAGUUUCUCAAAAAUCAGCCGAUGGGCUCCAUAGGUUUAGAUGUUGGAUCUGGAAACGGUAAAUAUCUCCAUGGACAUAAUCUGACAUUCAAUUCUCAAUCAUCAACAAAUUCUGAAAUUCCAAUCGGAGCCAAAGAUCCACAAUCAUUAUUGAAUGAAGAAUCAAGAUACCUUCUAAUAGGAUUAGACCGAUCAAUCUCAUUACUUUCACUUUCAUCAAACCAUCAAUCGAAUCCUGAAUUAUUAAAUGGAGAUUGUCUAAGUUUACCCAUCAGAUCUAAUUUUUCAUUUGAUUUUAUAAUUUCGAUUGCAACUUUACAUCAUCUUUCAACCUUUGAAAGAAGAUCUAAAUCUAUUCAAUCUUUACUUCAACUUAUUAAACCUAAAAAUAGAUAUGAUAAGAAAGGAAAACUAUUGAUUUUCGUUUGGGCUUUUGAACAAGGUCAAAGAUCGAAUCGAAGCUUUGAAAAUCGUAAGCUUUUACCAGCAAAAAGUCUCAAAGAUGAAACUCAGAUUAGAUUAGAAAAUAAAGAAGACGAAAAGAAAGAUAAAAUUCAAGAUGUUUUCGUACCUUGGGUCACACAAGAUCCUAGCACUUCACAACCUGUUACUUUUAAUCGAUUUUAUCAUUUAUUCAAAGAAGGUGAAUUGAAUGAUUUAAUUCAUCAAGCUGCAACAGUUGUUGGACUUACCCAUGUACCUCAAAAUCAACUCUCGAAUGUAACUUCGGUUCAAGAUUCUCAAAAUACUUAUAGGAUUCUGAAUCAUGGUUAUGAAGCUGAUAAUUGGUGGGUCGAAGUUGAAGUAGGCUAA